UAUGGUAGCUCCUUUGCUUACCUGUGAAGAUAACCACCCUACGAUGACAGGACUCCUCCCUAACAAGAAGAGAACACUAGCACAUGAUCCGUUAUCGCUUGAAUCACCAGGAUCUACCAAACAUGUGGUCAUAGUGAUGGAUGCACUCAAAGAAUUCACCACGGAGAUUCUCGAGUGGGUUCUUGAGAAUAUCUUUGAGGCUGGAGGCACCGUUACCCUCCUUGGUGUCACGCCAUGGCCCAACAUUCCAAUCUUGUCCAAGAUUCGGUCGGAUAUUUGGGAGCUGGGACUCCAAGAUUUAUCGAUCAUAGAAGAGAGAAAUGAGGGCAAGAGUGAUGCCAAGUAUCAAAAGCUCCAAGCAAUAGUGGACCUUUGCCAAAAAUAUGGGGCUGUACCACAAAUAAAGGUUGCAAUGGGAUACCCUGUACGAUCGGUGGUUAUUGAGCAAAUUAUAAGCCUUCAUGCGACAUGGGUUGUGUUUGACAGGAAUCAUCAAAAGUACAGAGAAUUCUAUGCCAGCAAAGUUCCAUGUAACAUGGUGGUGAUGAAUGAUGAGGGUGGUUUUGACAUGAUCAAAGGCCGGGCAAUGAUCAAUGAUGGAGACACUCCCGGGGAGUCGCCCCUCUCUUUGGCACCUACUCCAAAGGUGGUGUUAUCGGAACAACUGAAGGAAAAAGCUCAAGAAAACGAUGAUAAAGAGAGUGUGCAUGAGAAAGAAAGGACAGGAAAUGGAAUGAAACAGGGUGGUUAACUCCAUUUGGGCUUGACCUAUGCCAGCUGAUCAAGUGGGGACAAAUUUUCUCUUCUUUUCUCUUCGGUUGAUACAAUAGAAAAUAAUUAGUUGCAUCCUCAUGCCCUCAGCUAAGCUUCGGGAUGCAAAGCCGCUACUUCACUUUCCAGGGAAUAAAGUUUGUUAGUAGAGUGGGAUUGUAGUUUUCUCUGAUUGGACUGAAAGUUGUUCAUUAUUUCACAUGGUGAAAACUCA